AUGCCUGUGCAGUCGAAGGAGGACCCGUUGAUGGUCCUGUACAACCACUACCUCACUCUCUUUCGCUCCCACGUCCGCCGCACACCUCGAUCCGUCAAACUCGCCGCGACCGCUGCCCUCGUCCUGUCCAUCAUCUCCUCUAGCUAUGGCGGUCUCAAGUGGUGGCAGGCUCGUUCGAAAGAGAAGGCCCAGGGCCGGACUCUGGUCCGCAAGAACAGUGGUUUACGGGGGAAGGGAGGAGAACGCAUCAUCUAUGUCCCCAAGGGCGAUACCACCUCCAAAGUUAUCAUCCAUCCCAUCCGCUCGACCACGUUUGAUGCUCAUCGCCGACUGUUUCUGACCCCUCCACGAGUCACUCGUCUGGCCAGUGGAACGUCAACCCCGGCAUAUGGCCCUCCUCCCGCGCAGACCAAGCCGGGCCUCAAUCUGGCUUUCCUCCAUCAAUUCCUCAGUCUGGCGAAUAUCAUGGUUCCCAGAUUCCGGAGCAAGGAGACGGCCUUGCUGCUGAGUCACGCCGUCUUCCUGAUCUUGAGAACGUACCUCUCGCUUCUGGUUGCGAGGCUGGACGGCGCCAUCGUCCGAGACUUGGUUGGCGGUCAUGGAAAGCAAUUCCUGCUCGGGUUGCUGAGGUGGCUCUCGAUUGGCACACUGGCCUCCUAUACCAACUCGAUGAUCAAAUUCCUCCAGUCCAAAAUAUCCAUCGCCUUCCGCACGCGGCUGACGAGAUACAUCCACGAUCUCUACUUGAACUCGAAUCUUACGUACUACAAACUCACGAAUCUCGAUGGCGGGGUCGAGGGCGCAGACCAGUUCAUCACACAAGAUCUGACACUAUUUUGUACGGCGGCAGCAUCAUUGUAUUCUUCUCUUGGGAAACCUCUGGUGGACAUAUUUGUCUUCAACUACCAACUCUACCGCUCCCUGGGACCCUUGGCUUUGACCGGACUGCUGGUCAAUUACUUCGGCACCGCUACCAUGCUUCGGCGGCUCUCUCCACCCUUUGGUAAACUAAAGGCCGUCGAGGGAAAGAAAGAGGGCGACUUCCGUGGGCUCCAUGCCCGAUUGAUCGCCAAUGCAGAAGAAGUUGCAUUCUACGGGGGUGCUGACGUCGAGAAGGUCUAUUUGGAUAGAUCGUUCAAAGAACUCCGGAGUUGGAUGGAGGGGAUUUACAACGUCAAAGUCCGGUAUAAUAUGCUGGAAGACUUUAUCCUGAAGUACUCGUGGUCGGCUUUUGGCUACAUCAUCACUUCGAUACCGGUGUACCUGCCUGCAUGGGCCGGGCUGAAUGCGAUUCUCGAAGCCAAUACAGGUUCGGGGAGAGAGGUGACAGAGUCCUCGCGGUCAGGGUCUCACAUGAAAGAGUUCACGACCAACAAGAGACUCAUGCUCUCACUCGCCGAUGCAGGCGGUCGAAUGAUGUACAGCAUCAAAGACCUUUCUGAGCUGGCCGGCUACACCUCGCGGGUCUACCAACUCAUCUCAACACUUCACCGCGUGCACGCCAACGCCUAUGCGCCCGUCGGUCGUCGCGCAUCUCAAAGAAUCGAGCUCUACUCGCUUGCGGACGUACAAGGCACGAUCCAAUACGGCUUCGAUGGAGUUCGUUUCGAGGAUGUCCCUGUCGUGGCACCGGGCUUGUGGCCCUAUGGUGGCGACGAGCUGAUUGAGUCUCUCUCCUUUGUGGUUCACAGUGGCGAACAUCUCCUGAUAUCCGGGUCAAACGGCGUGGGUAAGUCCGCGAUUUCUCGUAUUGUCGGUGGACUGUGGCCUGUCUACCGCGGGUUGGUCUCACGCCCUCGAAACAACGGCAUGGACGGGAUCAUGUUUCUGCCGCAGCGACCGUACCUCAGCAUUGGCACGCUCCGAGAUCAGGUCAUCUACCCGCACACGGAGAUGGAUAUGCGGGAGAACGACCGGCGGGACAGUGAACUGGAGCGGAUCCUCGAGGAAGCGAAACUGGGCCACUUGUUGUCGCGAGAAGGGGGUUGGGACACGCGGAAGGAGUGGAAAGAUGUGCUCUCGGGAGGUGAGAAGCAGCGGAUGGCGAUUGCUCGUUUGUUCUACCAUGAACCCAAGUAUGCGUUCCUCGACGAGGGCACUUCUGCGGUGUCUUCGGAUGUGGAGGGGUUGCUGUAUGAGCGGUGUAAGGAGAAGGGAAUCACGGUCAUCACCCUCUCCACGCGCGCCAGUCUUCGCAAAUACCACACGUUCAACCUGGUUCUGGGCCUUGGUGAGGAAGGGUUUGAUUGGGAGCUGAUGAGAAUAGGGACUGAGGAGGAGAAGCUGGGCGUGGAAAAAGAGAUCGCCGAGUUGAAGGAGAGGCUGGCCAUGGUGGAUACCUGGGAGAAGAGGAGAAAAGAGAUUCAGGAUGAGCUGAAUCAGGUGUUUAUCGUGGGAGAUGGGAAGGACACCCAGCCAAAGGGAGAGUUGGAACGUCCGGGGUAUAUUGGGGAUGACACUGCAUCACGCCAGGAAACGCCAUGA